AUGGAUCAAGAUUUAGACCCAAGAUUAGUUACAGCACAAAAUGUAGUACUGUUGUUUGCUGAUUUUACAACAAUUUCAAUUUAUUUAUUAAUUGUAAAAAGAUUCCAAGAUCCAGAAAGAUUGGAGAAAUAUUAUUAUGGAAUAUGUUGGGGAUUGCCAAUGAUAAGUACUAUUAUCAUGUUGGCAAAGAAUUUGGUGGAACCGGUGGUUGGUUGGUGCUGGAUUGGCGGGGAUUAUACGGCGUAUAGAUUUGGUAUAUUCUACGUACCAUUCUUUAUCAUAUUUGCAACGUCGGCUGUGUUGGUCGGUCUGACAUGUCAGUACACUUACAAGGUCAUACAUAAUGGUGUAUCGGAUAACAAGGAGCGUCAUAUUAAAUAUCAGUUUAAACUGGUUAAUUAUAUCAUUGUGUUUUUGGUGUGCUGGAUAUUCGCUGUUAUUAAUCGUAUCAUAAACUCACUAGAUAUCUUUGAUUACACAUGUAAUAUGUUACACACGUAUUUGUCAAUAUCACAUGGGUUUUAUGCAUCGAUUGUAUUCAUCUACAAUAAUCCACUCAUGUGGCGAUACUUUGGUGCAAAGAUAUUGGGAUUAUUUACUCCGUUUGGGUUCUGUGUGGAACGUGCCAAGCAGUUGGACCGCAACAAAAACAAUAAUAAUCCGUCGCCGUAUUCGUCGAGUCGAGGUGUGUUGGCGUCCAACAAGUCGGGUGGAGCAGGAGGUGUCACCUCGACAGCACGUGGCACAUCGACCGGCGCCGGCAUCGACUUUGACACCGAGGAACCAAUCGAAAUGAUCCAAAUCACAGGUGCAGAUAUCAUCCCAUCCAAUUCUCCAACCAUCAUUGUUCCACCCGACCUCCAACUAGAACAACAGUCCGAUCAACCAGAUGUCAUUUCACAAUUACCUCCAAUUGGACAACCGCCUCACCACCACAAUCAUGGACGAUCACAACAUCAUCAACAACAAAUAAGAGGAGGCGGUAGAGGUAUUAUUGGUGAAAAUGAAAAUAAUAAUAAUGAUUAUUAUUACGAUGAUAAUAACUAUGACGAUAAUACUAAUAAUAAUAAUAAUAAUGAAAAUAAUAAUAAUGAUUAUGACUAUGAAUAUUCACCUCCACCUCCUCCAUCAACAUUUAAUAUGCAUGGUUCAGGUGGUGUGGUUUCAAUAGUUGUAGAUGAUGAUGAUGAUGAUGAUAAGUGA